AUGUCGUCGGCAUGGAUGUCGCGUUGCGUAACUACGUUCACCAUGUGCGCACGCCCGUUUCCGGUCAACGUUUCUGUUCGAAAACAGCCGAUGUCGUCCAGUGUUGAGCCGUCGUGGCGCCAUAUCCGUAUCUUGCCGGCGUGCAUCCUCUUUUGGGGCGCGAUCCUUGCCAUCUCAGUGACGAUGGCAGUGACAUACUUGCCAGAGCGCAUGAAAGGAUCAGCGUACGUCCUCGAUCCAAAUCAAGAUAUGUGCUAUGCUGGGAACGUUACUAUAUGCGAUACUCACGCAGUGUCUAGGUUCUUCUUCUGGAACCUGACAAACCCACUUGAGGUGCUUGCUGGGACCCAACCGCCUGAACUCAAGGAGGUUGGACCAUUUGUUAUGCAGGGAGGGAAAGAGAAGAAAAGUGAGGUAACCUUCAGUGGAAAUGGUGACUCCGUAGUGAGUUUCAUAGCCACCAGCUAUGCGUCAUGGGAUCCCACCUCGUUUUGUGAAACUUGCGACCUGAAUGACAAAAUCAUCUCUUUCAACCCUGGGUACUACGCCUUGAUCCGAAAGUUUGGAUCUGAGGCAAACUUUGUGCACUCACUUACAGCAAAGGUCGUCGCUACCCUUGUCGAUAGAAUCAGUGAAGUGUUUCGCAGCUUUGUCGAGCAAGGAAUUGCACCAAAACACAUUGAAGAAGCGGUGCACGCCGGCAGGAACGCGGUGCACGCCAUGGCCGUGGCACAGUGGGGCAACGCGUCCCCGUUGCAAGGUGCAAGUGUUGCAGAUUACGCGCCUGACCUCUGGCCGCAUGGUAAACCUGAAUUUGCCAGCUAUGCGUCGGGGCUGACCGCCGGUGACGGCGACACAGUUGGGCUGGACCCAUCUGAGGCGAACGUUGUGUAUCGAAUCCUUACCGAGGACCCAACUGGUAUCUCAGUGCUGCACAUGCUUGCCCGCUCUACUUUAAAACUCGCAGAGGACCUUAGCGUUUCCGAGACCAAAGCAGAGUUGAUCAGGGGCUACAUAGGGGUGCAUCUCAGAAAGGGCUAUAAUCUCAAUGCAGUCGAAAGCAUGGUUGGACCUUUUCUUGGCCCAGAAUCUUCAGGCAUCUUUGUUCGGCGCACUGUGGAGCAAUGGCUCAUGGGUUAUUUUGACCCUCUGCUUUCCCCACGUUAUCGGACAAGUGACCCACGGUACUUGAGUCGCUUCAUCACCAAAAACUUCCUUGCAACAGACCUCCAACCAGAGACAUACGUGGAACGAGUUCCUGAUGAUUCCAUUCCACGUGAUCAGUGGCCAAGCGUCGGGGCCACUCCAUGGGUGUUGGCCACUGGCAUGGAUAACCCUUCUCGCACACUUGAUGUGCUCGAAUCCACACUUGGAGAUGUGACAGUUCCAAAUGGCACUUACACAUACACUAGCACCGGCCGAUCCAUUAAAAUUACAGGCAAAAAAGUUGCUAACGCCGUUUAUCCAGAGGUAAAGCGCAAAGGACUAAACGCCGAAACAGUGGCAUGGUUUGAUUUUGGCAACUCGCUCGACCUUGCGCGUCCAGUCAGGCUGAAGUAUGCGGAUGAAUACGAGGAGGUGCAUUCGGAUGUGAAGUUCCACAAAUUCCAAGUUCACCCAGAUGAGCUAAUCCCAUGUCCAACCUCUCGAAAGAACUGCGACUACAAUUCAAGGUACCACGGUGCAUGGGACCUGACAGAUCAUCGGAUGGUGCCCAUGACCUUCACCAUGCCGCAUGGUCAUCGUGCUGAUCCCAGAAUGUUUGGCUUCAUCAACAUAAGCGAUCAUGCGUGCCCCUUCAGACCAGACGCGAAAGCGCACGAAAUGGAGUGGGACGUCCUCGAGCAAACCGGUAAUGUAGUUGGCAUGAAGUUAAGGUACCAGAACAACUUUGAGAUAAAGCGCACGGAUGUGUUCUACCCGAAUCUCUGGAAGCCCGACCCGAUCUCCCCAGCGGACAUCUCUGCCCGAGAGGGGACACUAAGGGACGGUAUCUACCUUCCAAUCGCAUGGGUAGAUGUUUCAUGGCGCGUGCCAGCGUCAAAAGUUGCAGACAUUGCCCGAGCCAUUGCCGACGUCAAGGGAGCCAUUCUCCUAUAUGCGCUCGGCAUACCCCCGAUCUGCUUUCUCCUCAUCUCAUACAGCGUCAUCGUGCUGUACAUUCGAAGACAAAUUCGGAGAGGCAAGAGCGAUUGUAACGCUGGACGAAGGGCAAAUGCGAGCGAAUCUUUUGUCACCAUCUGCAGUGAGAACGUCUCAUCUCCAUCUACGGAUAUCGAGCGCAGUGACGCGGAGUUGGCACGCGUCCCCAAAUCUUUUAGCACACAACGGAAAACACUCUUCGAGGCGCCGUCGUGGAGCGGCAUGGAGUCAGACGAGGAAUCGGACAAAGCGCCGACUAUUCUCGUAAAUUUACGUGACAUGCAGAAGUCAUAUUGA